AUGUUUGCACCACAUCCGUCUUCCUCCACUUCUGGCUUUGAUGCUAGUAGAGCUAUACCCCCAAGCACAAGCACGGCAUCGACAUCACCAUUUGGUUUGCUUGGAGCUAGCUCGAUUCCGGCUCAUAGCUCGUAUUCUCUCUUUGGGUCUACUUCCAGAGCCUCUGCUGCGGGCGUGCCGGCACAAUCCUCAUCGUUUAAUCCUUUUCGAUUUAGGAACGAGUCCAAUGUUUCACCAUCUAAUGCUGCCACCACUGCCACACCAUCAAAUGCCGAAACUAUUUUUGGACCUUCACCAACUAAUCCAUUUGGAUUAAGGAACGAGUCCAAUGUGUUGCCAUCGAACUCUGCCACCCCAACCCCGCCACCAAAACCCAAAACUCUCUUUGGAUUAGCUCCUGAAGACUAUGAUACGAGCCUUCCCGAUGAAGGUGCUGACCGGUGA